UUUUCAAAUUUAAAAUAUAUGACCGUGGAAACACACAGACAACUACGAUAUAGUAAGUUCAGUAGUUGAAGCAGUUUAAUGAUAUACAGGUCGAAGAAAGAUGUCACUACAAUCAUCAGUAUGUUGUCUGUUGGUAACCCUUUUUAUGCUCCUUAUACACGUACAAGCGAGUCGGAUCGUCAAGGACGGCGUUUAUAAUAGCGCAAACACUAAUGGGGAAACUCGAGCAAGAAGUACAAAGCCGCGUAAAGAAUGUACAACCCAGGAAUGUAUGAAGGCAGCCUCGCUUGUUAAAUCAGCCAUGAAUUUAUCUGCAGACCCUUGUACAGACUUUUAUCAAUACGUCUGUGGAGGAUGGAUCCAGAACAAUCCCAUACCAAGCGGUACACCGUAUAUUGUCACUUUUUCCAAGCUUACCGAUGAAAUAAAYAAGAGUAUUUUAAAGCGAAAGUUGGAAACAGGAAUCAACAACAUCCCAGGAGCGAGUACCCAACUGAUGCGAAUACCAUCAGAUGUCUACCAGUCCUGUAUGAGUUUGGCUACGAUUGAUAAUGUCGCUGACGGCCCUUUGCGACAACUGAUCCAAGAUCUGGGUACUUGGAGUAUGACUGGACGAUGGAAUGAAAGUAACUGGAACUUUGUGAAUGCAAUUGCUACAAUUCAUCGAGAGUAUACGUCCGUAUCAGGGCCGUUAUUUUCAGUUCAAGUUAUUGUGAACGCACACCAUAAUGAUGAAUACAUUAUAAAGAUUGACGAAGCUGGACCCAAAAAGGCUACGAAUARGUACAGAAAUGCAAAGUUUCUUGCAGCCUACAAGAAGUAUAUCGAAGAUGUUGUCAAGUUGUUGGGCGGCACGAACAAUGCCGUAGUUUCCCAGAAAGCACAAAAAAUCAUUGACUUUGAAACCAAACUUGCAGGGAUAACGAUACCGCCACACGCCAAACUCCUCUACCAUAGAAUGUCCAUCAAUGAACUUCAAAGAGAUGCUCCUCAGUUUGAUUGGCUCAAUCACCUAAAUAGGGUGUUGGCACCUAAAACCGUGCUUGGGAGCGAAAUGAUCGAAGUUCCUACACUGCUUUACUUAAAAAAAUGUAUGGAAUUGGUGCGGAAUGAAUCGAAAAGUGUCUUGGCGAACUACCUUGUGUGGUAUGUGAUCCAGGAUGAGAUGUCCUUCAUGUCUGAGCCCUAUAGAAAUGCAAGCAUGCUAUACAAAAGAAGCACAAGUGGGAUUAGAGGCCAAGAGGAACGAUGGAAAGCUUGUAUGAAAUAUGCUAAUAGUAGAGAUUUYGUUGGUGACAUCAUAGGCGCGUCAUACGUAAGGGACAAUUACAMCAAAGUGGUACGAAACCAAAACAUGAUCAAAGGCAUCACAAACGAUAUACGAAAGGCUUUCAAAGAGAACGUCAAAUCACUAACAUGGUUAGACGAUACCACCAAGAAUACAGUGUAUGACAAGCUUGAUGUUAUGAGAAAUGAAGUGGGUUUUCCUUAUUACUUUGCUAAUACAACGUCAUUCACAAGUAAAUUCAGCAAGUAUGAUAAUGUUAUUACCUGUAACUCCAACUUUCACCAGAACAUGAUAGCGAUAACCAAAGCAAAGAACAAUGCGCGUCUGGGGAACUUUAAGACAACAGCUGAUAAAAGAGAGUGGUGGUUUACGAAACCUCAGUAUGCUGGUGCCUUUUAUUUGCGUGAGAGUAAUACUAUAUUUCUUACAGACGGGAUUAUCAGACCACCCUUCGUGUACAAGAGUGACUCCUUGAAAGCGCUAAAUUUUGGUGCUCUUGGGUUUUUCAUCGCACAUGAGAUAACACAUGGAUUCGAUAACGUUGGCAGCAAGUUUAACAAAGAAGGUGAAAUAAGCUCUCAAUGGUGGACAAAUAGUUCUCUUCACAAUUUCAAAGCCAAAAUCCAGUGUAUCGUCGAUCAGUAUUCAAGAUACCUGCUACUCGGACUUUAUCCCCUCAAAGCUAGGGGCCGUCAUUUAGGCGAAAAUAUCGCAGACAAUGGUGGAUUUAAAGCUGCUCUCAAGGCUUACUUCAAUUGGUCAAACAAAAACGUCAAUGACCUAUGGUUGUUACCAGGAUUAAACUUCACUAAUGAACAGCUAUUCUACAUAGGAUUUGGACAGACUUUAUGCUAUCACGGUACAGAUGAAUACAGAAUAUCGUUCUUGAAUAAAAUCACAGAACCGGAAUUCAGGGUUAAAGGAACACUAUCGAACUCUGUCRAGUUUGCCAACGCAUUCAACUGCCAGCCAAACAGUCCGAUGAAUCCGACGACUAAAUGCUCUAUUUGGAGUASUCARUAAGGAUGGUUCUCCUGSUGGCCCAUUGUCUGAUAUAUUAUGGGUAAACCCUAAUAGACAUCAUAAGAUUCCCGUCUUCCGUAAAAACCAGCUUGUGAGUUGAGAGUUGUGUGUUUAGAAUAUUCAAUGUAGUGGURGUGAGCGUGGACUAUGUCRCAAACACCUAUUCAAAAAAGUACGGYUGGUGAAGUUUUUGUUGCUUGUUGCCACAUACCAWGCGUGAACURCACUAUGGGCGACGUGAAUUCAGUGUGCAAAAGGUCUCAACCAUAUGAAAUAUUCCUAAGCUUUGUCUGCAYGUUAUUCCGGCAUAUAGUAACACAAUGACCACUAUAAUAAAUUCCAAUCUUGUUAAGCAUCAUGGAACAUGAGUUCGUAUACUUUGUCUACACGCUUUACCAGCAUAAUAUCUGUGCUAACGUUAUUUGCAUUAACUAGAAUACAUGAGGUCCAAACUUGUUAAGCAGCAUUCAACAUUAUGCAACAACACCUUCACCAACCUUUUAUUGGAUGAGCUGUAUAUCCACGACGCAAUAUAAAAUAAUCUACUUAUAAAAGUUAAUAAUGAAUGUAUACUGUUAUGAAAGGUCUGCGGCUAUGCUAAUAAAAAAAAAA